UAUGUACAAAAACACAGGUCAGCCUUGUAAUGUCCCAGUCAACAUGUACCAAAACACAGGCCAGCCUUGUACUGUCCCAGUCAACGUGUACCAAAACACAUGCCAGCCUUGUAAUGUCCCAGUCAACGUGUGCCAAAACACAGGCCAGCCUUGUACUGUCCCAGUCAAUGUGUACCAAAACACAGGUCAGCCUUGUAAUGUCACAGUCAAUAUGUACCAAAACACAGGCCAGCCUUGUAAUGUCCCAGACAACGUGUACCAAAACACAGGUCAGCCUUGUACUGUCCCAGUCAAUAUGUACCAAAACACAGGUCAGCCUUGUAAUGUCCCAGUCAAUAUGGACCAAAACACAGGUCAGCCUUGUAAUGUCCCAGUCAAUAUGUACCAAAACACAGGCCAGCCUUGUACUGUCCCAGUCAAUAUGUACCAAAACACAGGCCAGCCUUGUAAUGUCCCAGUCAACGUGUACCAAAACACAGGCCAGCCUUGUAAUGUCCCAGUCAACGUGUACCAAAACCCAGGUCAGCCUUGUCCUGUCCUAGUCACUGGGGACCCAAACACAGGCCAGUCUUGUAAUGUCCCAGUCAACGUGUACCAAAACACAGUUCAGCCUUGUACUGUCCCAGUCAACGUGUACCAAAACACAUGUCAGCCUUGUAAUGUCCCAGUCAACAUGUACCAAAACACAGGCCAGCCUUGUAAUGUCCCAGACAACGUGUACCAAAACACAGGACAGCCUUGUAAUGUCCCAGUCAACGUGUACCAAAACACAGUUCAGCCUUGUACUGUCCCAGUCAACGUGUACCAAAACACAGUUCAGCCUUGUCCUGUCCUAGUCACUGGGGACCCAAACACAGGCCAGUCUUGUAAUGUCCCAGUCAACGUGUACCAAAACACAGGUCACCCUUGUACUGUCCCAGUCAACGUGUACCAAAACACAUGUCAGCCUUGUAAUGUCCCAGUCAACAUGUACCAAAACACAGGCCAGCCUUGUAAUGUCCCAGUCAACAUGUACCAAAACACAGGCCAGCCUUGUAAUGUCCCAGUCAACGUGUACAAAAACACAGGCCAGCCUUGUAAUGUCCCAGUCAACGUGUACCAAAACCCAGGUCAGCCUUGUCCUGUCCUAGUCACUGGGGACCAAAACACAGGCCAGCCUUGUAAUGUCCCAGUCAAUAUGUACCAAAACACAGGUCAGCCUUGUACUGUCCCAGUCACUGGGGACCCAAACACAGGCAAGGAAACUUAAGUACAGGUCAGCCCUGUAAUAUCCCAGUCAUAGGGGGCCAGAUAUGAUUACAAUUAUUACAAUUAAGUUUCACUUUGAUCAAGUGAAUUAAUUUUUCAUUUCAUGAGGAUGAAAAACUGGUUAAAUCCACAUGAAAAAAAGUCUAUUCACUAAACUGAACCCGUUUCUUACCUUAGCAGAUAUACCAUUAGGGGAUUGGGGAUGGGUGUGUACAGUGAGUAAAGGGCAUGUUUUACUGUACACAUCAGGCUGAGGAAUGUAGAUAGAGAAUACUGUUGGAAUGACACUAUAAAUCACAUUAAUAGAAAAAUUAAUGUCUUUGUACAUGUAAAUGUAUAGGUA